AGGCAGUCCGAGAGAAUGGCUCGUGACGCAUCACGCUGGAGCGUUCUGCCGGGCCUGCUGGCCCUAAUCGCGCUGGCCCCGAUCGUUGCGCCCUUCGCCGCGGCCUUGUCUAAAAACGAUCUGUACCAAUACGAGGGACCAGGUUCCUCCGCCCUCGAGACUGACCCCAACGGAAUGUUAAUGUCCGCCGAGGCGGCCCUCAAGACGCCCAUCGCCUUCUACGACAAAAUUUACAACUCGAUAUUCGUAAAUGGAAAUGGCGUUCUCUCCUUUGCCAGAGCUAUGCAAAGGUUCUUCAAUAUUGCGUUUCCUCUUGACGAUCCCGUCAUCUCGCCUCUCUACACGCACGUCGACACCAGAGCCUCGGGAACAGUUUAUUGGAGCGAAACCGAUUCUCCCGAGAUUCUUGCCAGAGCCGGAGGAUUAGUUCGAAGCGCAUUUAAGGACGCCAUCGAUUUCGUGCCGACGCACGUCUUUCUGGCCACCUGGGUGGACGUUGGCUAUUACAACGAGCGAAACGACAAGGUGAAUACUUAUCAGGUCGCUAUAUCAUCCAACGGCACGCACUCCUUUGUCGAGCUUCUGUAUCCGGAAAAUGGCAUACAGUGGAUUCAGGGUGAAUCGCAUCCAAGCGGGCUUCCAGACGCGAAGGCGCAGGCUGGAUUCAUGAGCGAGGGCAAAAUGUAUACCCUAAGGGGUUCGGGCACGGACCAAAUUCAGAAUGUCGACAAGUGGUCGAAUGUAAACAGGCCUGGCCAGUGGCUGUUCCAAGUCGGUCCGAUUGAGGAAGGCGAAAAUAUCAAGACACCCGACAAUAUUCAAGACACCAUGACCAUGCAUCAAGCGGCCAGCUGCAGAACCGGCGCCACCACUUGCCACAGCAAAGCAAUGUGCAUCGAUCACGAGAUCGGAUUCUGCUGCAGUUGCAAGCAGGGUUAUUUCGGCAACGGGAAAUCCUGCCAGCCAAACGACGUGCCUCUUCGUGUUAUUGGCCAAAUAUCCGGCACGCUCAACGGCGUGGAAUUUCCCGCAAGAGAUCUUCAGUGCUACGUGCAAACCAAAGACGGGCGAACGUACACCGCUUUAUCGAGGGUACCCGAAGAAAUUGGCGCUAGUUUCCAACUUCUGGGAAAUUUAGGCGGCGUGAUCGGCUGGUUGUUUGCGAAACCUAUUAGCGACACCGAAAACGGAUACGAGCUCACAGGCGGCGUGUUCAAUCACACGACGGAACUGUCCUUUCCGUCGACCGGCGACGUAGUGACGAUACGCAGCAAUUAUCUCGGAUUGGACGUCUUCGGUCAGUUGAAGAUGGAAGCGGAGAUUACGGGUACGGUGCCGAAUCUGGAGAGAGACACCAAAGUGGAUUACGGUGAUUACGACGAGCUAUACACUCGCGCCCAACCGGGAAUGAUACGCUCCCAAAGCGAGCACACGAUCAAAAUCACGCGAGGAGGUGACGACGAGAGGGAGAUCGUUUUCACCCUCGAUCAGACGAUCGGUUAUCAAGAGUGUCCGUACGCUAUCUUCGAUCCCGACGACGAUACGACCAGAUUGAAGUUCUUCAGAGGCAUUACCAGUUACGAGAACACCGAAGGCAUCAUCCGAUUUGCCGUCAACACCAAGAUAACACCUCUCGAGGAAGAAGAUCCGUGUAUUCAAGGACGAGAGAGCUGCGGUCCUCACAGUUCUUGCGUGGUUGACGGAGAUAGCUUCAGAUGUGUGUGCAACGCAGGAUACCAGUAUCUGUACGAGGAGAACGGCAGUGCGAUUUGCGUGGAUGUGAACGAGUGCACGGCCGGUAAUCACAUGUGUUCACCGGACGCUCAGUGCAUAAAUCAAGAAGGCAGUCACACGUGCCAAUGCAGACCUGGUUUUACAGGAGACGGUCGAUACUGUGAAAGAUUACCGUCUUGCGAAGAUACUCGCUGCGGAAAUUACGAGCAAUGCGCGAUGAUCGGAGGUGCACCCACGUGCAUCUGCAUGCCCGGAUUCGAGGACACGGAACAGGGUUGUUAUCCUUCUCAACAAGCACCCUGCAACGAGGAGGAUAACUGUUCGCCAUUCGGUAUGUGCAGUUUCAACCCAAAUACGAACAGGAACGCGUGUGUUUGCAUGUCUGGUUAUAUCGGCGAUGGGUACACGUGUUACUCCGAGUCCGAUGCCACCACAACAGACGAACCGCCGCGACCACAGUGCCUGAUUGGGGUAUGUUGGUGUCCGACUGGCUGGGAAUUCCAGAACAAUACAUGCGUAUCGAAGCAAGAGGGAGAGUACACGACGGUUGACUACAACCGAGACUUAUCAGCACGUCCGUUACCGGAAUGCUUCGACGACGUCUGCAUAUGUCCCCUGGGAUACGAUUACGACCAUUUUGGAUUACGAAUUUGCGUUCCUCUGCCAGGAUACCGCCACGACACGAAGGGUCCAUCAGGAUCUAACUUAUCUUGCAACGUGGUGAACAGGUGUCAUCCCUACGCUCAGUGCAUCUACGUGAAGCGUACCGGCUAUUACGAAUGCCGCUGCAACCAGGGCUACAAAGGCGACGGUAUGGAAUGCACCAAGACAGAAGUAUCCUGCUUGGACGUGGACGUCUGCGACCCGAACGCGUCCUGCCAGCACGAGGAGCCGCUUGCAAAGUGCGUGUGCAAUCCAGGAUACAAGGGCGACGGAACAACAUGCAGUCCCAUCGACGAGUGCAACGAGAAUUCUGACUGCGAGGAGAACGAAAGUUGCACCUAUCAUCCCAUAAGCUCGCGUUACGAAUGCACCUGUAAUCCCGGUUAUAGCACGGUGGACGAUCGAUGCGUGCUGUCCGAUUGCUCGACGAAUCCUUCUCAGUGCCACGUGAACGCGCAAUGCGUGUCAUCCGGCGACGGUGGAUACAAAUGUGUCUGCAUAAGCGGCUAUCACGGCGACGGUAUGCGCCAGUGCGUGGAGGACCAUAUCGGAUGUAACGUUUUGAAUAACUGCGGCCGAAACGCAGUCUGCGGAUACAAUCAGACGUCCGCGAAUUUCGCGUGCAUUUGCCAACCGGGUUAUUACGGAGACGGUUUCACGUGUCUUCCGCAUAUCUCGUGCAGACACGACCCGAAUCUCUGUUCCACGGAAGCAAAGUGCGUGACGGCCGGCGAAAAUCAGUUCGCUUGCGUUUGCAACGAGGGUUACGUCGGCGACGGUAUGAACUGCAAACCCCGACCCAAACACGACUCCAACUUUUUGCUUGUUAAUCAAGGAAUGGCCACGCAUCGAAUACCGUUUACGCCCACGCAACAGAAUCCAGGAAAUCCGAUCUACAUAGAUUACACGCAAAUGGCGAUCGCCCUAGAUAUCGAUUGCCUCGCCGGCAAAGCUUAUUCCAGCGACAUAACUGGCAAUAGGAUAGUCGAACUAUCUUAUAAUGGAUCGAUGGCGCAGACAUUUAUUCCGAAAGUUAGCAGUCCCGAGGGAAUGUCGAUUGAUUGGGUCUCGAGGAAUAUCUUCUGGACCGAUUCAGGCAAAACGACCGUCGAGGUUGCCAGUCUUGUGACAAAGAAACGCAAAGUUCUAGUUUCCGAUGGACUGGUCAAUCCGAGGGGAAUAGCUGUUCAUCCAUAUCGGGGUAAAAUAUUUUGGUCCGACUGGAAUCGCGCUUCCCCCAAACUGGAAUGGGCUAACGAAGACGGUACUGACCGAGCAAUCUUCCUUCAGGGUGAUUACGUUAAGCUACCAAAUUCAUUAAGUAUUGAUUGGUCGACGGAUGAGCUUUGCUGGGCCGACGCCGGAACGUUCACGAUAAGCUGUGUCGAAAUAGACAACAAGGAAGUUAACGUCGUCGCCAAUGAGCUUAUUUAUCCGUUUGGCUUGGCAAUCUCUCAGAAUUAUUAUUAUUGGACCGAUUGGAAAACACACAAGAUCGAAGUUGGCAUGAAAACCAAUGGCGAAAGACGCAAGCCGUUGUCUGUUCCACCAGGUGGAAGCGGAAAAUUAUACGGCAUUGCGGUCGUUCCCGAGUCAUGCCCGAGGGUGAGUAACGUGUGCCAGUAUGAAAACGGAAGAUGCAGCGCGGAUCAACUUUGUCUACCGGACGGUCAAGGCGGCAGGACGUGUGCAUGCGCAGACGACGCGAAAGAUCCUUGCACCGACUCCCGUUAAAAGCUGUCUUAGAUCCGUCCAAGAAAGAAGAAAACAGAUUUUCCGAUCCGUCGAUCUCGGAAAAAAAUAAAAAAAAAAAAAAAAAAA